AGUUAGCCAACAAACUUGAUUGCCCACCAUGAAUCCAAUCUUCUACGCCCUACUGUUCUGUUUGGUGGCGGGUCUAGCCGUCGCCGAGAAGUCGGACUAUUGUCUGAGUGAGAUCAUCAAGUCCGACGCGAGGAUCCGCUCGCACGGAUAUCCCACGGAGACGCACCAGGUGACCACCGAGGAUGGCUAUGUCCUGACCCUGUUCCGCAUUCCGUACUCCCACAAGCUGAAAAACCAGAACGAGAAACGUCCCCCAGUCCUCCUGCAGCACGGACUGUUCAGCAACUCGGACUGCUGGCUCUCCUCGGGACCGGAUAACUCGCUGGCCUAUCUCCUGGCCGAUGCCGGAUACGAUGUGUGGCUAGGCAAUGCCCGUGGUAACAUUUACUCCCGGGAGAACAACCUCAUCUCGCUGAACAGCCACAAGUUCUGGCACUUUGAUUGGCAUGAGAUCGGUACCAUCGACAUCCCCGCCAUGAUCGACUAUAUCCUGCAAUACACUGGACACAAACAGUUGCACUACUGCGGCCACUCACAGGGAACCACCGUGUACAUUGUGAUGCUCUCCGAGCGACCCGAGUACAAUGCCCUCAUCAAGUCCGGACAUAUGUUGGCCCCAUGUGCCUACUUCGAACACGGAACCUCCUUCAUCUUCAACGCCCUGGGUCCCUUGGUGGGCACACCGGGUGGCAUCUGGAACCAACUGCUGGUGGACACCGAGCUGAUCCCGCACAAUAACCUGGUCAACCGUCUGGUGGACAACAGCUGUCAUAUGGUCAACUCUAUUUGCAACAACGCCUUCAUCAUGUUCGCCAACGGCGGCUACGUUAAUGCCAAUGCGAGCUCCAUGAGUGUCCUGAUUGAGACCCACCCGGCUGGUUCUUCCAGCAACCAAGGCAUCCACUACCUGCAGCUGUGGAAGUCCGGUGAGUUCCGGCAAUACGAUUGGGGCACCAAAAAGAACAAGGAGCUGUACGGCCAGGAAUUGCCCCCUGAUUACGAUCUCACCAAGAUCACCGCCCCCACCCACUCGUACUCCAGCAACAACGAUGCCCUUUGCGGACCCGAGGAUGUUGACACCCUGGUGAAGAACUUCGUUCAUCUGACGGAGGACUACCGUGUGCCCGUCCAGAGCUUCAACCACUUGGACUUUAUCAUUGCAAGGAACAUGAAGGAGCUGGUUAACGAUCCGAUCAUCGAACGUAUUAACUCGUACGAAGGUCGUUAGGAAAAAAACCAAUAAAGAAACCCCGUAAUGCACUCACUUUGAAA